AUGCGAUGGAGGAUGGUUCGACUACUUUUCCCACCGCGAUUCGGCGCUCAGUCGACACCCGUCCUGGCCGCGGCGGCAUUCAUCACACUCACCGUCAUCUAUCUCCUUCGAUAUAGGGGCCAUAUUACACCCUUCACCUCCGCGUCCUUCAGCUUCCGAACGUCGACGGUGUCAGGCCUCAACCUCGAUGCGAUCAACACAACAGCCCAGUACUUCAUCGACUACCCUCUCGGACCGCCAUACAAGAAGAUCUUUGGGGAGCUCGGCGAACGAACAAAAGUCCUGCGUUCCUGGAUCGAGGCACUGGAGGAAGAGACCCCCAAAGGACGCCGGCUUGUGGGUACCGAGAGGGACUUCUUAGCCGACCGAGUCGAACGAGUCGCGGCAUCCCUGUACCCCUACCUGCAAUCUCCGCCAAGAGACCCUCACAGCCAGUCACCCCUCGCGGAUCUCCGGCGAAGCUUUCGAAGUGCGGACACCCAUGUUCGAAAGACCCAGCGGGUGGUCGAGGGCGUCGAGAGCGGCCACAUCGGCGGCGCAGCAGCCGCAGCCGCAGCCGUGGCUGCGGACGCCAUCACCGACAAGCGACCGGGCGACGGCUUCACUAAGCCGAAAAAUGCGGGAAUCGUGAUCCCCACCGGCUCAGGCACGCUACGAUUCGCGUGCCACUUGGUUGCGUCGCUGACGCGUGUCCAUCGAACCACCCUACCGAUCCAGAUUGUGUAUGCUGGCGAAGAAGACUUGACCGAGGAAGACCGCGAUGCUCUUGUCCAGGCGGCGGGCGAGGGCGACGAUGGCCAUAUUGAGUUCUUGGAUAUCAUGACGGUGUUCAAUGACACGACGCUCAGAUUGGCCGAGGGAGGAUGGGCGAUCAAACCGUUUGCGGCGCUCGGCAGCCGUUUUGAAGAGGUAAUCGUGCUGGAUGCCGAUGUGGUCCUCAUACAACCCCCUGAGCAACUCCUCCAACAACGGAGCUAUCGCGAAAAGGGCGCACUGCUCUUCCACGACCGGCUACUCUGGAAAGACCAGUUUCCCGAACGGCACGAAUGGUACCACGAGAUGAUCAAGCAUCCGAGCGAGGAGAUGCAAAAGUCGCUGGUGUGGACCGAGAGAUACGCCGAAGAAGAAGACUCGGGCAUCGUCGUGCUCAAUAAGGGACGGCUGGACGUGCUUCUGGGUCUUCUGCACACUGCAUGGCAGAACACCUACUCAGUAAGAAACUCAUGGACAUACAGAAUAGGAUACGGCGACAAGGAGACGUGGUGGAUUGGCCUCGAAGUCACAGGGUCAACAUAUUCCUUCUCGCGGCACUACGGUGGCAUGGUUGGAUGGAGGUAUCCGAUUCAAGGGGUUCAGACGGAUAUGACCCAGGUUUGCAGCUUUGUGAUCGCGCACGUUGACGAGUUGGACACGCUACUGUGGUAUAAUGGCGGGCUGUUGAAGAACAAGAUGGGCAACGCAACGGAGUUUGAGGUACCGACGCACUGGAUGAUCGAUCAGCAAUGGGUCAAGGGCGCAAAAAAGAAGGAUAUGAGUUGCAUGGUUGGCACCAACACCCGUGAGCUGCUGGAGCACGAGAAGAAUGUGCUAGCAAUGAGUAUAGAGACCGCCCAGGAUGUAGAUGUGCUUCUGGAGUUGGUAUAG